AUGACCCUCAUCCAACUCCUGAGUGAUCUCCACCUAGAGGUCGAGCGAGAAGCAGAUCAACCCCUCUACACGUACGACUUUCCCAAGAGCCCCGACUGCGACAUUCUCGCUCUCUUGGGUGACAUCGGCUGGACGCGCGACGACCGUCUCUUCGACUGGUUAGAAACCCAGCUUUCCCGCUUCAAGCGUGUUUUCUUUGUUUUAGGAAACCAUGAACCUUACGUGUCGACGCUGGAAGAAAGUGAAGCCCGUCUUGAAGCAUUCGCACAGAAAUCCUCUUCAAACCACCAGUCCGACCCUUCUAAAGGAGAAUUCAUCUUCCUAAACCGAAAGCGCUACGACCUCUCCCCAGAUAUCACCAUCCUCGGAUGCACCCUAUGGUCUCGCCUCAACCCAGACGACCUCGACAUCCUGUCCUGGUCUCUCACGGAUUUCAAACGCAUCGAGGGGUUCACACCUGAGAAAUACCAAGCCGCACAUGAACAGGAUCGGGAGUGGCUUCGAAAUACCAUCGAGUCGAUCCGGAAGGAGGAAGGUCACAGGAGGAUCGUGGUCUUCACCCAUCACGCGCCGACUAUUGAAGGGACUGGCGACCCCAAGUUCUUGGGUGGCCCGACGAACAGCGCAUUCGCGACUGAACUCACGAAAGAAGAGUGGUGGGGUCCUCCAAUUUCGCUUUGGGCAUUUGGACAUACUCAUUUUUCCUGUGAUUUCGAGAGGGGAGGUGUGAGGGUGGUUAGCAAUCAGCGUGGCUACAAAGAGGGCGCGAAGGACUUUGAACAAGUCAAGGUUCUUUCUAUCUAG